AAAUCCUGCGUUUCUUUCAUGAAGCACGGAAUUUCACUCGAAAGAAAAUUUGUGAAGUGCAUAUUGAAAAAAUAUGUUCUUAGGAAAAAUUAAUACAUAAAAGUAUCACAAUCUGUUUGAAUUAGAGAAAUAGGACAGGAGAAUACCGUUUCGCUUGUGAUUUGAUUGUUGGAAGGUUCCGAAAAGAGUAUUUACUUCAAUUUUCCUAAAUUGACAUCGAAUGGGACCGGCGAGGUCUUGAAAUCUCCAAAAGCAUGAGCCACAGAAACAGUGAUCCAAAUGCCUCGUGGACUAACCGGAGCUCACGAAGUAGCAAUGAUAGUAGUGGGGGUGGAUAUAAAGAACGUAAUUGGUCUGGCAGCCGCUAUAGUUCGGAUAAUCGGUACAGCAAGGAUCGUCGAAACUUCCGUGGAUAUGGAGGAAGAAACGAACGCCGCCCUUACGAGGACAGACGGGGAGGAAAUCCUUAUCGAAGCUCUUCCUGGAUGAAUAGUGGAACCGAAGGAAAUUAUUCCCAUUCAAGGCAUCAACCAAAUUGGGCCCCGAAAAAUACUAAGUUGACGCAACAAAUUCCACCUUUAAUGAUGGAUUUCAGUGAGCCGCUUUCCGAUGUGAAGAAUGGGGAGGCAGAAGCUAAUUCCGACUCAGAUGCUUCUACCAACGAAGGACGUAGUAACGGGGAAAAGUUUGCUAAAACAAGCAUGCAUGCGGAACCCAAUGAUAAAGUUCCUCUCGGAGAGGACCAUAUUAGUGAAACCUCGAAGCCGACUAACGGGGGUAGUGUGCACACCAGUGACAUAAUUUUAUCUACAGAGAUAUCCCCAACACUUGAUGAUAAACUGGAAAUAAGUUCCCAUGAAAAUGAAUUGAUCAAACUAAUUGAAGAUGAGGCACUGAAAAUUAUUAGUGAUGCUGAACAACCGUUAUGUUCGACAUCAUCGCAGAACAUGUCCCAAGACAGUAUAAUACCAGCAACAGUAUCAUCGGAACCUGUACAGAACCACGAGCGCCAAGCUACGAUCGAAAGAAGUGCUGAGCAGGUUACUCGCAAAUUGAUUAAUCAACUGACUACAAUGAAUAAAUAUAGCCUGAAGCAGAUGAUCAAUAACCCAGAUAGCAAGUACGAAACGGCACUCAAGACACAUGCUCGGCAGAAGCUGCGUGCGGAAGUACGGCGUCAGUUAAGAAAUUUCAGUCUAAGUGAAAGCACAUCGCAAGCCAAAACCUGCGGUAUGCUGGAACCGGAUGAAAGUGUUGAUUCUGAUAAAAUACCGGACGCUUUGCUGGAACAAAUUGGUAAAGUACUCGAUUUGAACCUUCUGGAUCUGAAUGUAAGCGAAGAGCCGACUCAGGUGGCUCCAGUGGAAGACGAAGACUGUGUCAUCAACCCAAGCGAUCCUGAUUAUUCCGCUACCGAAAUGUUGGAUAAGAAUCUCAGACUGACCGAUGACGAUGUACAACUCCAUCUAGACGCAGAGGAUAUUUUUGCGCGAGCUGAAUUACUGCUAAUGAAAGGCAGUGAAUCAGGAGCAACCAGGAAUUCGUCCGGACCAAGUUCUCCAACCGACGAAAUGUUUCCAAACGAUCAGAUUGAUUCUAUUGUGAGUGAAGAAAAUGGAUACGAAAAACUGCUGGAUACAACCGAGAGUAACCAUGAAAAAUCUGAAAAUUUGUUACAAGAAGCUGUAAAUUCAGCAUUUCCUUGUUUCUUGCGCGUCAACACUGUUGAAGAACUGAAUAAAAAAGUAGAUACUAUAACAACGCCAAUAGAGGACGAUUCCAACUGUACCACGGACGUAACUCUGCCGUCAUCCUCUUCACCCAAUGAACCACAAUUUGUGUCAAACUUAGAAUCUGUAGAUGAGAAAUCUUUAGAACUGCCUGAACAUGUAUCUUUAGAAUUGCCUUUAAAUGAACACGCACAAAACUCGGAGAUUAUGACCGUUUCAAACGGUUUAAAACAUUAUGAGGUGGAAUCGACUAAAAACUCGGACCGGUCGGUCGAAUGUCACCAGUCACUUGAGACUGCUAGUGAAGAGACGAAUAAUGAUUCGAAUACUGGUUCAAAUAUAUUAAGUUUACCAGUUGAAAAGGCUCAAAUUGAAGAUGAGUCGAUGAUUAAACCAAUCGAAACGAAUCGGCCUGUUACACCAGUCUCUGCUGACAUACCCUCGGAAAUAGUCAGUACAGUUGAAAUUACAAAUGCUGAACCUAAUAUUCAGCUAUCUGAACCAAUGGCUGAUGUCAUCCGUGCACCCACACAUCCAGAACUCUCAACGCGCAAAUCUAAAAGUUCAAGAAAUUAUAAACCCAACCUUGUGCAGCACGAGCACAAUAAAAGGGAAAGUAAGACCGCAGCUCUUGCUCGAUCUUCUUCCACGAAUUCUGCGAAUUCUCCUAGUAAUAACAGUUUGGCGCCAGUAUCGAAACCACGUAAACCUGGUCCGAACCUUGCAGCUUUGAAACAACCUACUGACGGUGCUAAGCAUCAUAACAGUAGUAAAAACAGUAGCAGUGCCUCUACUACAGAAACUAGCAAAAGUCGAAGUGCUAAAAAACGUGAACCCAGUUCUAGCAAUAGUAACAACAUUAUUAGUAGUUCCAUUGCUAGUCCAAGUCGAAGCAGCAAUCGUUCAUCACCCCAGAAUGAAGUUACGUUGACGGCAUCACCAUCGCCAUUGAAACCGGUCGCUGGUAGAUCGAGAACUCCCGGGCCCCCAUCCAUUGCAGCUAAUGAUUCUAGCAAACACAAAAAGAAAAGAAAGCGUAGUAGACGGAAAGAUUUUUCACCUGAUCUAGGAAUGGUGUUGGAGUGUGAUCUCCGAGUAUCACGACCGGCAGUUACGCCAACUCCACCACCAGCCCAGUCACGAGACACAUCAAUCAGUAGCGGAUUGAAAAAGAACAGUGAACCAGAGCGUGAACCGAAGACCUUCCGAGAAACACGGGCCAGAUCGGUUGAUCCAAAAAUGAUAUGUGACGGGAAACGGGACAGAGAAAAGGAAAAAGAAAAAGAUCGUGAUCGAACAAGAGAUAAAACAAGAAGUCGAGAUGGUGAAGAAAAAAAGGAAUCAGAAAGGGAAAAUAGAAAAGAGAAAUCCAGAGAUGACCGAAAGGAGAAAGAUAAGGAAACGAAGAAAGAACGAGAUGUUGACAAGGAAAAGGAAGACAAGAAGGAACCAGAAUCGUCCGGUGCUGUGUGCAAUGAUGCGGCCAAAAUACAACCAACAGAGCCAGUGCAAAAGGUGGUCGAGCGAGAGAGAAAAAAGUCUCCAAUUCCUAAACCAAAAGCUUCAGAACCAGUACAGCCUUCUCUAGUUAUGAAAGAAAUGAAAGAAUCAUAUAAAACUAACCCGGAAGACGCCAUCGAUGCUUCCAAUUCAAACGAUGUCAAAACGGAACUGCCAAAAGAAGUAGAUGUAAAACAGAGCUCAAAAAUAUGUUCAAAAGAAAAGGAAACAAAGGAUGCUAAACCUCGUGAAUCCUCAACUGAUAGAGAUUUGAUGGACGCUGCUAAAGAGCGAGAGGCAAAGGAAUCUGUGAAACAGAAAGAAUCGAAAGAAAAGGAAACAAAAGUUGCUAAAGAAAAGGGAACACAGGAAAAAGCGAUAGAAGAGAUCCCGCCAAAUGAAAUGGUGAAGAAAUCUCCCAAAAGAAAGAAAAAUCUUCUGCGCGGACCGAAUCUGAUUAAAGGACGCAGAGAGGUACCAGAAGUGGUGGCCUCGAACCAAUUUGAGCCACAAAAUGAAAAUAAAUUAGAAACUGUCCCAGAGAUAGCAAACCACAACCACUCUACUGUCGUCAAAGACCGUCAAGAGAUUAGUUCUCCCGUUACACCGGUGUCAGUUGAACCUCAUAAACCUGGCAGAGAUACAGUUGUUUCCGCUACGCCUGUCCCGGUUUCGGUAAUUGAGCAGCAACCCUUGGCAGUACGUUCGACAGCAACCAUACUCGUUAAUCGUACUUCAUCACCGCGUCCGUGGAAAUCGCCGGGAGAGAAAAAACUCAUUCCUGCAGGACCUUUGCUGUCUACUACUUUAGUGCCGAUGUCUCCACCCCGUGUGGAACGCUUCGCACCGAAUCCAAUACCAACUACUCCACCCACGGCAGCAAGUCCAGAACCAGUGCAUAUCCAUCAGGUAGUUGCACCUGUACUGACUCAACCCGAUAUCAUAACUAGGUUAGCGAUCCCUGCGACGUUGUGUCCGCUAGUAACGCCCCCAGUAAACGCUUUUGCACCGGUCAUGACUCUGUUGAAUCAAAUGCAGGAUAUUGAUAACAAAAUGAGCAAUUUUCAACGCCGUAAAAUGCAAAUCGAUAGUGAGAUAAUGAGAUUAAAUUCGGAGAAAUUCCAAAUAGAUCAGAGCUCUAUGCAGCUGCAAAAUGAUCGUUUUAUGGUGCUGAAUGCACUUCGAGCUGCACUGAUAGAAUGUGAACUAAGUACGCUGACUGCUAUCCAAACCGUUCCAAAGUUGACAUCGGUCAGCCCCUCAGUGACCAAUCGCAGACGACAUCUUGAAGUGGAAACAGAAGUUGCUCCGAAAAGCAAGCGACGAAAAGCAGUAGAACCCGUACCGAGUAUAGCUCAAGAAAUACAGCAAAGUACUCCUUUGAUGUCGGGUCCGGAAUCGUCGGAACCGGAAGAAAUUAUUGCUCAACCCAGUGCAGGUUCGGAAAGGACCAUUCGACGUAUUACCAAAAUCAGCGACAACACACAAAUUUUGAAACUUUUCCAAAGGCGUAGGUUGGGAUCAGAAAAAUCUACCGAAGAAAGUCAUUCCGAAGACAACACCAUUCAUCCCGAGGAAAAAGCAGCUCCAGCAAAGCGUCGUAGGACUCGUACGGUUACUGCUAUUGAUACCAGUAGCAACACACCAGCUGGAGGACGACUUCGAAGUGAAUCCAGUCGUUUGGUAGAUUCAAAAAAAUCGAAAGAAGUUUCGGUACCAAUAUCCGUUCCGGUAGAACAGGCGAUUAAAAACAAAGAAACAGAACAGGCCGUAGUAAUAUCGCCCAUCACAAAUACUUCGAAUAACACAACGACGGCAUCAUCCGUACGCUUUGAAAAGGACGCAGAAAUACCUCUGGGUACUCAUAAGAAUUUACUGACUCGAGAAGUGAAGAUAGUUCUCAGUAAACUUACCGUAUCUGGACAUCACAACGUCACAUGAUCCAGAGUUAGGCGUUCAGCUCUCAGUUGAGAUAUCAAGUGACUGCUACUCCGAUUUGUGUUUAGUUCAUUAUCAUAUCAUGAGUUUGAAUGUUCGGUUUCAAACGUAGCAAAUUAUUCAAUUCAAUUCGAAGACUAGUUGUUUUCAAGUUUUUUUUUUAAAGACCGUUGUCAAAACGGUCAUGUUCGGAACACUAACAAAUGGUAUCUAGAAAACCUAACACUUAAACUUCUACUUGGUUUUGCAUUCGGAUGGCAACUUAUUUGUACAUAAAGGCAAUUUUGGAGAAGGAACUGGUACUGGAACAAACUGCACCUUCUGGCGUUGAACAGAAGAAUUUCAUUCAGUUUCCAAACAGCAGUCAGAUGCAUCGACUGGCAAGAUGCAGCAAUAAGGAAAAUCCUUCCUCAACUGAGUGGAGCACUAAAUCUAAACUGCCCAGCAUUAAACAUAACCAUCAAGACAUCGCUGAUCAGACGAUUCCUUCUCUCCCCAAAUGUGUGAAUAUUUAUACCAUGAAACGUAUAUAUUUAGUAAUGUAACAAAAUGUUUGGUAACUCCCUCCUACCCAUAUUCGACACGAAAGUAAUUAUAAUGAAAUUGUCGAUAGGAAUUUUGUACUAUGGCAAAGAAAAAGAAACUUAUAUGAAAAACGGUAGGCCAAAUGAACAAAAAUUGUUUAUUCUGGAAAGUGGGAUGUAU